GCUGAAAACCCAUCCGAACAUGGAAGAACCGGACGAAAUCCCCUCUUCCACUGCUCCCUUUUAUCCUCUGAUGACUCCUACACCAACCAACAAUAGACCUCCGCCUCAAAACAUCAAUCCAAGCCGCCGCGGCCGGAACGUGAUACAUCCUUGCAUCCUCACGACACCCCCAGCAUGUGGAUUGAAUGCGCGAUCCAGCGUCCAUACUCCGUAGUCUUCCAUCGACGCAUGCAGUCGCGUAAGAUGCGCCACAAAUUCGUUCGGAGCAAC